GGUAGCGUGGCGUCAGCGCAAGAUGGCGGCCUCAGCGGCGCCGUUCCUGCGAUUGCGGAGCGGGCUCCGGCAAGGCGCGCGGGGGCUGUGCGCGAGGCUCGCGACGCCGCCCCCUCGGGCCCCGGACCAGGCAGCGCUUGCGUCCCGGGCUAGAUGCUUGGGGGCUCAAGUGCGUCCUCUGGACCCCACCUCCUCGACCGCACGUGGGCGCCGGGGGAGGGGAGUCAUCUGUUCCCCCAUCUCAGUGACUGUUCAGUUGCAGGCUACAGAGAUUGGGAGCCGAGCAGGCGCUAAGGCCCAGACCCAGGGGCCACAGCAGCAGAGGAACUCGGAGGGUCCCAGCUAUGCCAAAAAAGUUGCACUCUGGCUUGCUGGGCUGCUCGGGGCUGGUGGGACCGUGAGCGUCAUCUAUAUUUUUGGAAACAACUCUGUGGAUGAAAAUGGUGCCAAGAUUCCCGAUGAAUUCGACAACGAUCCAAUUCUGGUACAGCAGUUGCGCCGGACAUACAAAUAUUUCAAAGAUUAUAGACAGAUGAUCAUCGAGCCCACCAGCCCCUGCCUUCUCCCAGACCCUCUGCGGGAGCCGUACUACCAACCACCAUACACACUGGUCUUGGAGCUCACUGGUGUCCUCUUGCACCCUGAGUGGUCGCUGGCCACUGGCUGGAGGUUUAAGAAGCGUCCAGGCAUCGAGACCUUAUUCCAGCAGCUCGCCCCUUUGUAUGAAAUCGUCAUCUUUACAUCAGAGACUGGCAUGACUGCCUUUCCACUCAUCGACAGCGUGGACCCCCACGGCUUCAUCUCCUACCGCCUGUUCCGGGACGCCACGAGAUACAUGGAUGGGCACCACGUUAAGGACAUUUCGUGUCUGAAUCGGGAUCCAGCCCGAGUAGUAGUCGUGGACUGCAAGAAGGAAGCCUUCCGCCUACAGCCCUACAAUGGUGUCGCCCUGCGGCCCUGGAAUGGCAACUCCGAUGACCGGGUCUUAUUGGACCUAUCUGCCUUCCUGAAGACCAUUGCUCUGAAUGGUGUGGAGGAUGUCCGAACUGUGCUGGAGCACUACGCCCUGGAGGAAGACCCACUGGAGGCUUUCAAGCAGCGGCAAAGCCGGCUGGAGCAGGAGGAGCAGCAGCGCCUGGCUGAGCUCUCCAAAUCCAGCAAGCAGAACCUCUUCUUUGGCUCCCUUACCAGCCGCUUGUGGCCUCGCUCCAAACAGCCCUGACCUCUGGGCCUCCUCAAACUCAGUGCCUGGGUUCUGGGCCCCAGGCCCAGUGCUCCCAGACCACGGCUUGGCCAACCACAUGUCCAAUAAAGUUCAUCCCAGACGCCA